UCCCAAAUUGACAAGAGAUGUGGUUUAAAUAGAGUUCAUAAAGCUUGGUCUAUUCUCACUUUACAAGCUGGUUUUGUGAGGUUGAGUUAGGUCUUGAACCCCAAUUCUAAGAUCUUUCUUUGUUGGGUGUUGCAAGGGCUUGAUGCUGCAACCAGUUGUGUGGAAGAUAUGGAUGAAUGGUUAAGCAUAUUCAAUGUAAAACUCCGGCACAUGAGGGAGGAUAUUGCAUCAAUAGAAACCCGCAAUAACAACCUGGAAAUGCAAUCAGUAAAUAACAAAUCUCUCAUUGAAGAGCUUGAUAAGCUUCUUGAGCGAUUGCGUGUCCCUUCUGAGUAUGCCACAAAUUUGACUGGAGGUUCAUUUGAUGAAGCUCGAAUGCUUCAAAAUGUAGAAGCAUGUGAAUGGUUGACCAGUGCCUUGCGUGGUCUUGGAGUGCCUAAUCUAGAUCCUAGUUAUGCAAACAUGAGAACUGUUAAAGAGAAGCGUGCAGAACUUGAAAAAUUAAAAUCUACUUUUGUCAGGAGAGCCUCUGAAUUCUUGAGAAAUUAUUUUGCUAGUUUGGUGGACCUCAUGAUAAGUGAUAAAAGUUACUUUUCUCAGCGGGGGCAGUUAAAGAGGCCUGAUCAUGCUGACCUGCGGUACAAGUGCAGGACAUAUGCACGUCUUCUGCAACAUUUGAAGAGUCUUGACAAGAAUUGUUUGGGUCCACUGAGAAAAGCUUAUUGCAGUUCUCUGAACUUGCUUCUUCGCAGGGAGGUCUGUUGCACUUCAUGUUGGUUUUAUUUGUUUCUUAAUUGUCUGGCUUUCUUAUUAUGACACACUCCUUUAUCUUUGUAUGAACUGAGAAGUAACCAUUAUACAUGUGAAAAAUUAUUAAUUAAUGUGAUUA